UGAAGCGAGUUAUGUUGACGCUCUCGACAAUAGCCUAUCUAUUGGCAUGCAUGCUUUGUUGUAGUCUUUCAAAAACAAGGGACAUACCACAAUCUUCGCCUUUCCGUGCCAUAGAGAGAUGCGUGGAGUUCAUUCAUGGGGUGCCAUUUAGCAUCAAGGGACUAAGGUCGCUUGAAUUGUCAUGCGAUGCAAACAAUGGUCCUGAUGCGUGCUUGGGGAUGUACGGCCAUUGGCAAAUUCCCAUUGGGACUGGCUGGUCUUUCUCCCUGCGCUUUCAGCCUGCUUUCGAAAUCAAAACGAAAGAAGCUCGAAAGGGUAAGACCAUUUAAUAAAGCACACGUGGUACAAUUCAUCAGCAACAAAGCACCCUUGAUACAAAUAUUAGCCACCCCAUUCGGACGAGGUCAACAUAACCCCGGGCGAUGUGGAUAUGCCGAGGGUGUACAGGCUGAAACCAGCAGGGUAUUCUUGUCCAGAGGAUGCCACCAAGUAACAUUCACCCAAGGUCGACCUCGACUCCGUUGACUUUGCAAGUGCAGAAGAGGGUGUUCAGUGACUCCAGGAUUGCGUGUUGUUUGACUCGCGACUAGGUGUGGGCCGUAAGGGAUAUGGGGGUUGAAGAAAUGAGCAUUUUGUG